AUGGGAAAGUGGGUUAUUUACGUUACUAUCAUACAGAAAGGAAAGACGGUUCUUCAUGAAGCGUGCACAGAAGGUCGUGACAACAUUGUGGAGCUGCUCAUCAAGAACAAAGCUGAUCUCAAUGUGACUAACAAGCACGGAAACACGGCCCUACACGGGGCGUGUUGGGGAGGUCAUGACAAGGUUGUGGAUCUACUCAUCAAAAACGGAGCUGAUCUCAAUGUGGCUAACGUGGACGGAGACACAGGCCUACAUCAUGUGUGUUGGAGAGGUCAUGACAAAAUUGUGGAGUUGCUCAUUAAACAUGGAGCUGAUCUUAAUGUGACUAACAAGGAACACAGGCGACCGGCUGACGUUGGCGUUGUUGCAGGACUGGGCAGAGAUAUACAAUUCUUGUUAGAGACAGCAACACGGAAGCAGACGGAGUACAAAGAGCUGGUCUCCUCCGUGGGGUCUGAGGAGGGGACAACAGUCAAACUGUUUCUCUGUGGAGACGGGCAGGUCGGCAAAACAUCUUUGCGAGCAAUUCUGAAAAAGACGGGUUUCAUCGUGAGUGUUAUCUGGAACAUCAGGAGGAAGUUCAGAAGACAAGACGUCUAUAACCCCACCCCAGGGGUGCACGUAUCCGGUAAAAUCGUGCGGGGAAUCGGCAGACUGAGUCUGCAUGACUUCGCAGGACAGGCGCAGUUCUACGUCACACACGCCAUGCUGCUCCGCACCACUAACGCCAUCUUCCCUGUCGUCUACAAAAUCACAGAUGGAGAGGACGAACAGAAACGGCAGGUCCACGGUUGGCUGAGCUUCAUCCACUGCAGUAACGCAGAUCCCACCAACAAACCCCGGAUUGUCCUGAUCGCCAGUCAUGCGGACAAGCUAAAUGACAAGCAAGCAGGUCGAAGCCGAGCGACAGCUCUUGUAGAACACUACAGGAAACUGUUCCAGGAGUCACUGAUUGUGUCCCAGGAGGUGUUCCUCAUCAACUGCCUUGAAGCGGGGUCUCCUGAUUUACAGCGGCUGCGAGAGGUGCUGGCAUCAUUCAAUGACGACAUAAUGAAGCAAAGACCAAAGGUCCCCAAGGUCUGCGUUAAGUUGCUGGCAGAAAUUCAAGGCUGGAGGCAGAAGAGGAAGGCGUUCCCAGUGAUGGCAUGGCAGGAGUAUUUGACAUCUAUGGUGACGGCAACUUAUGGCACCGUCAAGGAACGCAUUGUACAGCUGGCGUCAUCUUACCUACACGACGAGGGGGAGAUCAUCUCCCUUCGCCAUGAAGCCAAAUCGUCGGUAGUGCUGGACCCCCAGUGGUUAUUUACAUCCGUUUUCGGGCCCCUGCUUGCUCCAGACAACUUCGACAAGAUCAUUGACAAGAUAAAUCGGACUGCCGAGGACCACGUCACCCUUGAGGAGCUUGCCCGUGUCUUCAGUGCCGUUGCCGACAUCCCUCUGCUGAUCAAACUCCUCCAGGACUUCCAGCUCUGCCACACGUACGACGGUCGCAUCUUCAUCCUCCCAAGCCUGCUGCAGCAGGAGAUAAAAGAGGCGGCGUGGUCUCCUGUGUCCAGCAAGGCUGUCUACUUCGGUCUGCAGAUCCGAUGCCGCACGGAGAUCGACAGCUUCUCGUGCGACCUGUUCCCGCGACUGCAGACGCUGUUGAUGCAGGCUCACCCGGACAAGCUCAGUCGGCCUCUCUUGUGGAAGAACAGCGCCAAAUGUACCGACGGGAGGGCCGAAGCGCUGCUGCAGAUCACUCAGGACAAGAGACAAAUCAACAUCUUCGUCAGGAGCAACGAUGGCAACAGGGAGGACUGCAAGUCCAUCAUGGACCUCCCGAAGGACAUGACGUACCGCCUACUCCACGAGACCAGCCCCGGAUCCAGGUCACGGGACAUGGUGCUCAGCGCCCUGGACCUCCGGGAACACAGACCGCAGCCUCACGCCUACAGCAGGGAAGAGCUGGAGGCGGCCGCAGCAAAAGGCGAGAACCUCGUCCAUCCUCAGAGAAACGUCCCGGAAAAGGUCAAGGAUCUCCUGCUGCAUCCCGGUAACCUAAGAGGGAUUUUCUCUCAGUAG